AUGGUCUCAAUUUUGUCUAUCAAAGCCCGCCAGAUCUUUGAUUCACGUGGCAACCCAACCGUCGAGGUUGACCUUGUCACUGAGCUUGGUCUGUACCGCGCUGCUGUUCCCAGCGGUGCUUCCACUGGCGAAUUUGAGGCCUUGGAAAUGCGCGAUGGCGGCAAAGACUACAUGGGGAAGGGUGUUUCAAACGCCGUUAAAAACGUAAACCAGAUCAUUGCCCCAGCUUUGCUUGGAAAAGACGUGACCAAGCAGGCUGAGAUUGACCGCUAUAUGGUAGAGGAGCUUGAUGGCUCGCAGAAUGAGUGGGGUUGGUGCAAAAAGAAAUUAGGCGCUAACGCGAUCUUGGGAGUGUCGCUUGCUCUGUGCCGUGCAGGCGCUGCUGCCAAGAAUCAGCCUCUGUGGCAGUAUAUUGCUGAUCUUGCAGGCAAUCCAACACCGUGCCUGCCAGUGCCCUCGUUUAACAUUAUUAACGGCGGAUCGCAUGCUGGCAACAAGCUUGCCAUGCAGGAGUUUAUGAUUCUGCCGGUGGGUGCCGCUAACUUUACGGAAGCCAUGAAGAUUGGUUCAGAGGUAUAUCAUACGUUGAUGAAGGUGAUCAAGGGGCGCUAUGGCCUGGAUGCUACCGCCGUAGGUGAUGAGGGUGGCUUCGCUCCGAACAUUCAGUCGAAUGGUGAGGCUAUCAAUUUGAUUGAAGAAGCCAUCAAAACUGCGGGAUACACAGAUAAGGUAAAUCUUGGCAUGGACGUGGCUGCGUCCGAAUUUUACACUGGUGCCGAGGAUGCUCGAUACAAUCUUGACUUUAAAAAUGAAAAUGCUGCGGAAUCUGAGAAAUUUACGGCCGACAAGUUGCAGGAGGUAUACGAAGGCUUUAUUGCUAAGUGUGCUAACUCUAGUAAGAUCGUAUCAAUUGAGGACCCAUUUGACCAGGACGACUGGGAGUCAUGGGUUCAGUUUACGGCUAAAGUCGGCGAAAGCGUGCAGAUUGUUGGCGAUGACCUUACGGUGACGAAUCCGACCCGUGUGAAAAAGGCCAUUGAAAAAAAGGCUUGCAACGCUCUUUUGCUCAAGGUGAACCAAAUUGGCAGUAUAACGGAAUCGAUCGAAGCCGUGACGAUGGCCAAGAAAGCAGGCUGGGCAAUUAUGGCCAGUCACCGUAGUGGUGAGACUGAGGACACGUUCAUUGCAGAUUUGGCAGUAGGCUUGAGCGCCGGCCAGAUCAAAACUGGUGCUCCGUGCCGUUCAGAACGUUUGGCGAAGUACAACCAGCUAUUGCGUAUUGAGGAGGAACUUGGUGCCAACGCCCGUUUCGCCGGCAAAGAUUUUCGCAACGUGGAAAAGCUGGGCAAGUACUCCACCUUUUAA